AUGGAGAAUUUCGUCGACGAGAGUGGUUUCGUUCCUCUAAACCAAAACAUCUUCACACGUGAUCAUCAUCAAGAACACAUGAAAGAAGAAGAUUUCCCAUUCGAAGUUGUCAACCAAUCUAAACCUACGAGCUUUCUUCAAGAUUUUCACCAUCUUGAUCACGACCAUCAGUUCGAUCAUCACCACCAUCAUCACCACCAUGGCUCAUCAUCUUCAAACCAUUUGCUCGGUCUUCAAACCACGUCUUCAUGUAUCAACAAUGCUCCUUUCGAGCAUUGCUCUUACCAAGAAAACAUGGUCGAGUUUUAUGAAUCUAAACCACAAUUGAUGAACCAUCAUUUCCAAGCUGCGGAAAACCCAACAUACUUCACUCGUAAUCAUCGUCCUCAUCACCAUCAAGAGAUCAAUUUGGUCGAAUCAUCGUCGAGUUUCAACAAGACCAAACCAUAUCUUACACGAAAGUUGUCUUCUUCUUCUUCAUCAUCAUCAUGGAAAGAAAAGAAACCGUCAACCUUAGUCAAAGGACAAUGGACUUCUGAAGAAGACAGGAUACUGAUUCAACUCGUGGAGAAGCAUGGAUUGCGUAAAUGGUCGCAUAUCGCUCAAGUGUUACCGGGAAGGAUCGGGAAACAAUGUAGAGAGAGGUGGCAUAACCAUUUGAGACCUGACAUCAAGAAAGAGACAUGGAGUGAAGAAGAGGACAGAGUGUUGAUAGAAUUCCACAAAGAGAUUGGAAACAAAUGGGCAGAGAUUGCGAAAAGACUCCCCGGAAGAACAGAGAACUCAAUCAAGAACCAUUGGAACGCCACAAAACGAAGACAGUUCUCUAAAAGAAAGUGUAGAUCUAAGUAUCCAAGACCUUCUCUGUUGCAGGACUACAUAAAGAGCUUGAAUUUGGGAGUUCUGUCGGCUAUAUCUGUUCCUGCAAGAGGUAGACGCAGAGAGAGUAACAAGAAGAAGGAUGUCGUUGUCGCGGUUGAGGAGAAGAAGAAGGAUCAAGAGGAGAUUUAUGGACAAGACAGGGUUGUGCCUGAAUGCGUGUUUACUGAUGAUUUUGGAUUCAACGAGAAGCUGCUUGAGGAAGGAUGUAGCAUUGACUCUUUGCUUGAUGACAUUCCUCAGCCUGACAUUGAUGCUUUUGUUCACGGAAUCUGA